AUGGCUCCCGCCGAACAGCCCACGCAAGCAGAUAGAGAUGUCCCAAAUGUCAUUAUUCAGAGCACAACAGGCCCCGUUAAUGAAGAUUCCCACACUCCACCAUCACACUCGGCUUCUACUUCUCUUCAGAAUAGUCCAACUAUGCCUCCUGGUGCUUGGCGGGACCCUUUGCCGGCUCGUACCGCCCCUAGCUUGCAAGAGCUACCUGAUGAGCUGAUCGAGCUGAUCUCACAACGAUCAUUGGCAUCCGAGCCCUCUAGGAAAAGACGGAAGACAGUAUUGGAGCAGGGAAUGAUAGGAAUACCUGUAGCUGCAAUCGAAUCAGCUGCCAGCGACCCUGAGCUCGACUAUAUUGUUGUUAAGCAAUCUGACUUGGAUAUUAAAUGCUCCGGAUCGAAGCUGUCGACUGUUGAUAUUCCUGCGGAUCUGAAUAGAGUUUUACCGCGUAAUCUCUGGCGCUUUCCCAGGUCCCAGGACCUGGAUGGCUCCCGGCACAUUGAGAUCAUCAAUGAAACGCGCCGUUGUCUUCUCCGCGCUCCCUUAACGAUAGAUAUGGAGUGUUUUGAAGACGUUUGCCUAGCAUUAGAGGUUGAUCUUCAAUCACACAAGUGGGCGAGAGGACAAGGCAAACUUUGGACCGAACUGGCACUUCAGCUUCUUCGAAACGAUGGAUAUGACACUAUCCGAAUAACAGUUACAGUCAAGUGGAAUAUUACAACCUCGCCACUAUAUAUUCGGCAAAUCGGUACCAAAAUCAAGGCGCUUCCAAAAAUUUUAAGCCGGUACUUCCCAGAUCCGAAUCAGACACAGUCAGGUAAAUGGAGUGCUCAGGAUUUCUACAACAGCGUGCAUACUCCAGAUAAAAAUGAUCAAGGCGCGGCUUCUCUGACGGUGGAUGGGCUCGAGGCAGAUCUAUACCCUUUCCAAAAGAGAAGCGUGCAGUGGCUGCUUAGAAAAGAAGGUGUAGAAUGGUCAGCUAUCGACAAGAGGAUUACCUCUGCGAACCCGAUUGAGCGCACAGCCGUCCCGAUGUCUUUCUUGCCUGUAGUAGAUCAUCAAGGUCGGCAGUGCUACGUGAGUCAUCUAUUUGGUCUGGUCACCUUGGAUGUUACACCAUUUCGAAUCUUGGAGCAAGACUUAAAGGGUGGUAUACUCGCGGAGGAGAUGGGCCUAGGCAAGACAGUGGAAAUGAUAUCUCUGAUUUCGCUCCAUCGACGCCCGAAAGAACACAAUGACGUCGUCUAUGACCUAUUUACCGGCCAGAAUGUCCGACUGACUUCUGCCACUCUCAUCAUAGCUCCGCCAUCAAUCUCUCUCCAAUGGAUAUCUGAGAUCAACAAGCACGCGCCACAUCUGAAGGUUAUGCAUUAUGAAGGUAUUAGGGUGCAUAGUGGCAUGGACUCUUCAGACCUCCUUGAGAGUUUGGCAACUUCAGAUAUCGUUAUAUCAACAUACAACGUCCUUGCGGGUGAAAUACAUUUCACUCAGCUAAACCCAGAAAAGAAGCUACGUCGAGAAUCCAAGUACCCGCGACCAAAGUCUCCUCUUAUGGCGUUACAAUUUUUUAGGGUUGUUAUGGAUGAAGCACAGAUGAUUGAAAGUGGCGUAAGUAAUGCAGCGGUUGUUGCAAGGAUGGUGCCACGAGUAAACGCAUGGUGUGUCACUGGAACCCCAGUUCGAAAAGAUGUUAACGACCUUCUGGGUCUGCUGGUAUUCCUCCGCUACGAACCCUAUGCUUCAACGAAGCAUAUUUGGACGUCUCUCAUAUCGUCCUAUAAACAGCAGUUUCGUACAUUGUUUGGAACUUUGGCCCUCCGUCACAGCAAACAGAGCGUCCGAGAAGAACUUAAGCUUCCGGCUCAACGGCGAUAUGUCAUCACAAUGCCUUUUACCCCAAUUGAGGAGCAGCAUUAUCAAGAACUAUUCAAUCAGAUGUGUGACGUGUUGGGCCUGGAUGCUCAAGGCGCUCCCCUGGUGGAUGGUUGGCGGCUAGGUGACCAAGCUGAAGUCAUGAGAAGGUGGUUGGUCCGGCUUAGGCAAACCGCCCUCCAUCCAGAGGUUGGUGGCCGCAAUAGACGAGCGUUAGGUCACAAAGAUGGUCCACUCCGGACUGUGGAUCAAGUCUUAGAGGUGAUGAUAGAUCAGACGGAUCUGGCUGUUAGAACUGAACAGCGAAACCUCCUCACAUCAAAAUUGAAAAGGGGCCAGCUUUUUGAAAACUCGCCUCGAGUACAAGAGGCUCUUGAUAUCUGGACGGAAGCAGCAAACGAGGUAUCUGUAAUCGUUGAGGAAUGUCGCCUGCAACUUCGUCAGGAGAUCGCCCGAAACAUAGCGGAUGAAAAAUCUCUGGAUAAACCCAGCCAUUCUACGUCGAUGAGCGAUUCCGAUAGCUCCAGUGAGAAGGAAGAGGCCGACUUAUCAUCGCGUCUAGGCACCUUUCGAAAUCGCCUUCGCGCUGCAUUAGAGAUACAGCAUAUGGCAAUCUUUUUCUGUGCCAAUGCUAAUUUCCAGAUUAAGUCGAACGAAGAUAUGACUCAGCCUGACUCGCCCGAAUUCCAGGCUUUGGAAAAGCUAGAGACGGAGAGCUACGAAUCAGCCAAGAAACUACGACGGGAGAUUCUUCAGGAGAUAUACCGCAAAGCAGACAGGCUUAUGAGAAAGAUAUCGAAAAAAGCUGCCACUCAAACUUUCGUAGAGAUUCCCGAGUUUUCAUCUAACCCGCCAAAGGGCGGCCUUGAGAGCCGUCGGAUCACGGAGCACCUUGAUACGCUGGGGUUGGUUUUUGAUGCCCAGGCUAAUCAGAUUGAUGAAUGGAGAGAGCAAACGAUACAGUUCCUUCUGCGACCUCUAGUGGACGAAGAUGAAGGUCUUGAAAUCACCGGAGACGAAUAUGAAGAAUCGACCAAAACUCAAGAUGAAGUCAUAGUAUAUGUGCAAGCUUUGCGAGCUCUCAUUGCCGACCGUCAUGAUGCUCUCACUGGCUUGGAGAAUAAGCUGGUAGAACAUGAAGUAAAGGUGGCUUUACGUCUAGCAAAAGAUGGAGACGGAGCUUUUCCCGAGAAGGCCCUCGAAUUGCUUAGUGCUAGGAACCAAUUAAAACCAACAAAGGAAAUGGGUUCGGUGCGAGGUAGCGUGGGAGAGCUCCGGGUGUUGGCUGCCUCGUUACGUACGGAUGCGCAGAAUGGCAGCUCCAGAGCGGAAAAUGAGCUCUCCAUUGUUGAGAAACAACUUAGCGGAACUCAAAAGCAGCUGAGUGAGCAGAUCAAGACGACAGCAGCCCUGGAAAAGGAAAUUGAGCUAUUCACAAGAGUCAUGAACACUAGACUUGAAUACUACCGUCAACUGCAGCAAAUCUCCGACAUGGUUGCCCCAUAUGAAGGACCAAAUAAUGAAACGGCCCUUGGCAAGAUGCUACAAGAUGAAGAGAAGUUUGCGCGGAAGGUUGCCGCAGCAAAGACGAAGAGACGAUACCUGUUGCAUCUGAGAAACGAAGCCACGAACCCAGAAGAACAACGGAUAUGCGUGAUCUGUAGGGAAUCUUUCGAAAUUGGCGCUCUUACCGUCUGUGGCCAUCAAUAUUGCAAGGAAUGUAUACAAUUAUGGUGGAGUGCUCAUCGUAACUGCCCUGUCUGUAAGAAAAAGCUCAUCCAGGCGGAUUUGCAUGAGAUCACUUAUAAGCCCCAAGAGCUUUCAAUCCAGGCAGAAGUUCCAGGGCCCCAGGAGCGGGCAUCGCCAUCAGCGACCUCCAGAAAGUCGGCCAUAUAUUCAGAAAUCAGUAAGAAUAAACUCGCAGAGAUCAAGAAUAUUGAACUCGACGGGCCGUCAUUUACAACAAAGGUCGAUACCCUGGCACGACAUCUAAUAUGGCUACGAGACUCGGACCCCGGUGCCAAGUCCAUCAUCUAUUCUCAAUUCAAGGACUUCCUUGAUGUCCUAGCACUCGCCUUCCAGCGCUUCAGGAUUGGGUAUUCGUCAAUCGAUAGGUCAGACGGUAUUGAAAAGUUCAAGCAGGACCCAAGCGUUGAAUGCUUCCUUCUACAUGCACGAGCUCACUCUUCCGGGCUGAAUCUGGUCAAUGCUAGUCACGUAUUCCUUUGCGAACCUCUUUUAAACACAGCUCUGGAACUGCAAGCAAUCGCACGAGUAGACCGCAUCGGUCAACACCAAGAGACGAAUGUGUGGCUUUAUCUUGUUGAUGGCACCAUAGAAGAAUCUAUCUAUCAGCUGUCCGUCAAAAGACGCCUCGAGCACAUCGGACAGAGACUUUCAAGAGGGAAAGGUAAAGAGAGAGAGCUGAGCCCAAAUGAACUGAUCGACACUAAUCUUGAGGAGGCCAACUCAAUGGAGCUGCAGCAAGCUCCGCUGAAUCGUCUGUUGGCAAAGGGUGCGACAGGUGGUGAGAUGGUCGAGGAAAAGGAUCUCUGGGAGUGUCUCUUCGGCGCUGGCCACCAGAGGCCAGCGAAGCGAAAACUCGAUGAUAUUGAUAAGGAGGUAGGCCGACAUCUUCGAGCUGAAGCUGCUGAGGUGAGGCAGGUUGUACAUUAA